GUUGAAAUUUGACAUUUGAUGGCCCAUCUUUUUGUUCACCAACCGGCUGCGCAUCCAACAUAAAAUAUUGACUCGCCAACCACACGCUCUUCUACCGCACUCCUUAUUUCCAUCAAGCCCUCUUACAGGUCUUGAAGGAGUUUUCGACCUACUCGAAUCAGAACCCCUUUUAAUUCUUCAUAAAAUGAGCAAAAUUUUUACUUUGGCUGAGGUUUCUGAGCACAACAACGCCAAGGACUGUUGGCUUAUCAUUGAUGGCAAGGUUUAUGAUGUUACAAAAUUCUUGGAAGACCAUCCUGGUGGAGAUGAAGUUUUGUUGUCUGCAACAGGGAAGGAUGCAACUGAUGAUUUUGAGGAUGUUGGCCAUAGUAGCACUGCAAAGGCAAUGAUGGAUGAAUUUUAUGUUGGUGACUUUGAUACAUCAACCGUCCCAACCAAAACCCAGUACACUCCUCCAAAGCAGCCUCACUACAACCAAGACAAAACAUCUGAUUUCAUCAUCAAACUCCUCCAGUUCUUGGUUCCCCUGGUCAUCUUGGGUGUGGCUGUUGGCAUCCAUUUCUAUACCAAAUCUUCGGCUUAAAACAUGAGAUUAUAAGUUGAAAACCUCGUUAUAUAUUAACUUGCAUAAUUUUGGGGAUUGAUGCAUAUUUCUACUUUUGUGGUAAUGGGGAUGCUUUUGGCUUGCUUUUCUUGAAACCUAAUUAGCUUCAUCUUGCAUGCUUUGGCCAAUCUAGUAUUUGACUCUUCGUGAA